UCCACGGAAAGGGCCAUCUUUGGUCUUUUCUCACCGGGUGCGGUGCUGUGCGUUGCAGUUAGCAAUUGAAUUAAAAGACACAAAGAAAUUAAUUGCAACGUUAUCUGGUGCGUUUAAACAAGUAGUAAAAAUAAUUACUGAGCUUGGCUUUGUUGCAUUGACGAACUUGAGGAUAGUCGAAGAUGGAUGAGGAGUAUGAUGUGAUCGUCCUGGGCACCGGACUCACAGAAUGUAUUCUCUCUGGGAUCAUGUCUGUGAACGGCAAAAAAGUUCUUCACAUGGACCGGAACCCCUACUAUGGAGGCGAGAGUUCCUCCAUCACCCCCCUUGAGGAACUCUACAAGCGCUUUGGUCUUCCUGACAGCCCACCGGAAUCAAUGGGUCGGGGUCGAGAUUGGAACGUUGACCUUAUUCCCAAAUUUCUCAUGGCCAAUGGCCAGCUGGUGAAGAUGCUUCUCUACACAGAAGUGACUCGGUAUCUGGACUUUAAGGUUGUGGAAGGGAGCUUUGUUUACAAGGGAGGAAAGAUCUACAAGGUUCCCUCGACUGAGACAGAGGCACUGGCUUCAAACUUAAUGGGAAUGUUUGAGAAGAGAAGGUUCAGGAAAUUCCUAGUGUUUGUGGCAAACUUUGAUGAGAAUGAUCCUAAGACCUUUGAGGGCGUUGACCCCAAACUCACCACCAUGAGGGACGUCUACAAGAAAUUUGACUUGGGCCAGGAUGUCAUUGAUUUUACUGGCCAUGCUCUUGCCCUCUACAGAACAGAUGAUUACCUGGAUCAGCCUUGUCUGGAGACCAUCAAUCGUAUCAAGCUGUACAGUGAGUCCCUGGCUCGCUAUGGGAAGAGUCCCUACCUUUAUCCUCUGUAUGGCCUGGGGGAGCUGCCCCAGGGCUUUGCCAGAUUAAGUGCAAUUUAUGGGGGAACGUACAUGCUGAAUAAACCAGUGGACGAGAUUGUGAUGGAGAAUGGCCGAGUCGUUGGAGUGAAGUCAGAGGGAGAGGUGGCUCGCUGCAAACAGCUCAUCUGUGACCCCAGUUACGUCCAGGACCGGGUACGCAAGUGUGGACAGGUCAUCCGCGUGAUCUGCAUACUCAGCCACCCCAUCAAGAACACCAAUGAUGCCAACUCAUGUCAGAUUAUCAUCCCCCAGAACCAGGUCAAUCGCAAGUCAGAUAUCUAUGUUUGUAUGAUUUCUUAUGCCCACAAUGUGGCGGCCCAAGGGAAGUACAUCGCUAUCGUCAGCACCACCGUGGAGACCAGCAAGCCAGAGGCUGAAAUUGAACCUGCAUUGGAGUUGCUGGAGCCCAUUGAUCAGAAGUUUGUGGCCAUCAGUGACCUGUACGAGCCCACAGACGACGGCACAGAGAGCCAGAUAUUUACCUCUCGAACAUAUGAUGCAACCACCCACUUUGAAACAACUUGCAACGACAUCAAGGACAUCUACAAGCGAAUGACAGGCAGCGACUUUGAUUUUGAGAACAUGAAGCGCAAACAGAAUGAUGUGUUUGGGGAGGACGAACAGUGAGGGAAGCAGUGCUCCGGAGGGUGAGGCUUCGGGGGGGGGGUGUGGGAGGCAGACAGCACUACAUUGAGGUAGGGCAUGGGGCUUGAGGAGUGAGAAGAGGGGGAAACACUAGGGGUGUUGAGCCACAUUCACAUGGAAUAACCUUGUGGUGUUUCUGAUGUCUCCUACUUCCACCACCUUCUCUAGCUCCACUGCCCUGGAAGCACGCACACACACACACACACACACACACACACACACACACACACACACACACACACACGCACACACACACACACACAGAGACACGCGCUUAUGCACAAAGAUACAUCCUUACUGUCGCUCUCUUACUCCCUCUAUUUCACCCAGUGGCACAAAAAGCAGGGUUGACCAUUUCAGACUGUACUUCCUUAUAUUUAUUAUUCCGUUGUUUAUUUCUGCUGGCUAACAGGUGAAUACUCUUGUGACCUUUCUGAGGCUUUUAGCAGAAAAAAAAAGUUUGCAUUGAUUCCGAUGGCUUUUUAAAAGGGUUUUCCAAAUUGACUAAUGCUAGCCAUUAUUUUUUUAACUAGUGGCUCAGUGGUGUCAGUGUUAUUGAAGCUGCUUCGCAUUGCAGUGUGUGCACACAAACACAUGUACAUGUCUGAACACUGAAACACAUUCCAGUGCGUAUUAAAUGUCACUACACUGGGGUAGCUCUUUUACUUAAAAACAGACAAGCAAACUGGACAGCUCACGUUCGCCUUCAUUGUACAUUCAGAAUUGCGCAAGAAGCCUGAUUUUAUCAUAGGUGUAACUGCCUUUGCUGUGAACAGCAUUAACACACACUCGUCUCGCACAGAUUUAGAACUGUAAGUUAUACUGUGACUCUCUCCCAUUGCGGUGCAAGGGACAGUAGUAAAAAGAGCCAAAGCAGGUUUUUCAAAAUGGGUCAAAAGUAAUGCUUGAGAGGUGGGCAAUCUUUUAGUGUUUCGUUCAGAUACCUGCUACUGAGCAUUCCAGUCAACCCUGCUUUCUCAGUCUUAACACACUGUCUGUCUCCCAGUACCAGGGGAUGUGAUGUCUUAAAACAAGAUAGAUAGAUACAUAGAUCGAUAGAUAGAUAGAUAGAUAAAUAGAUGGAUGCAUACAGGAUGUAUGAAUGGACUGCUAGUCCCCUACUUUGCAACACUUCCCUUUUCCCUGCACUAGCCAACGAGAGGACUGGCUACUACCUGUUCUCCUUGCCGCAUUCACGCUCCUCCCAGUUGUCAGUUUCUGAAGACUACUUUCAGUGUCUAGCUUACUUUUAACUGUUAAACCAUAGAUGGUUUCAUUAUAUUUUGAAUAUUCUAGGUGUUUAAAUUCAAAUGAUAUGAGCUGGUGCAGAUGAAUUUUACUUGCUGAGGUUAUGACGUUCAUGUGAGUUUCUAAAGUGAGAUGAUCACGCAUGGCUGUUCUUAAAGGAUGGGUGAGGGUUGAGCAGGAUGGGUGAGAGAGGCGGAAGGGAAGGUACUUUAUCCUUGCUUGAAGUUGUUGGAGGGCAGGACGAUGUGGAAUGGAGGAGAGAGUGCGAAGGCUGUUGGGAAGUGUUGUAUGAGGUUUAGCUGUGAAAGGUAUGACAAAGAACAUGAAAGUCUGAAGAAAAAAAAUUGUCCAUGGUCACAGUGAAAAAUGCAGACUGAAGUCUCAGCUUGUAUAGAAAGCACUAGAUCAUAUCAUCUUAUAUCGUGUACAAGUAGUUCUGAUGGAGACAACCACAUUUCCAAUAAAUAAUUUGAGUUUAAUUUAUUAACUUUAAUGUGCAUUUUAGACUUUUUUUAAUAGUUCAGUAGAAGAACGUGUGGAUUUGUUUGGUAAAAGUCAAAACCGUGUAUGAUGAAUAAAGACACAUGGAAAAUGAUGGCA